UGUUGCAAAAUAAAUUGCAGCACUCCUGGAAGUGUUGAUGGUCAUCCUAUCGUUAGCAGCAGGCUUCUGACAAAAAAUUUGGUCAUUUCACCUCUGUAUAGAUGCUCAUAAAAUUUAGUUGUUUACCACUUGCUAAUUCUAUAUUUUAGAUAGCUUGCCUUUUUGAUUUGCUGUUAAUAAUCCUGGUUUUGUUUGAUAGCCUAAAGCUUUUUGAAUUUCUGUAAUUCAUAAGGUCAUUUUCUGAUGGCUCGAUCUGCAUUAGAUGAAAUGUCUGACUCGGGGGCUUUUUUGAGGACUGUUUCAACAUUCCGCAACUUUAUUUCACGAGACCCGAAUUGUCAAUAUCCAGCAGAAUCCGGAAGGUAUCAUCUUUAUAUAUCAUAUGCCUGUCCCUGGGCUUCCAGGUGCCUUGCAUACUUGAAGAUUAAAGGACUUGAGAAAGCCAUUAGUUUCACGUCUGCGAAACCCAUAUGGGAAAGAACCAAGGACAGUGAUGAACAUAUGGGAUGGGUUUUUCCUGCUUCAGAGACAGAGGAACCAGGAGCUGAGCCUGACCCUUUGAAUGGGGCAAAAAGUAUAAGGGAACUUUAUGAGCUUGCAAGUACAAACUAUGCUGGAAAAUAUACAGUUCCUGUGCUAUGGGAUAAGAAGCUCAAGACAAUUGUUAAUAAUGAGAGUUCUGAGAUUAUUCGAAUGUUCAAUACUGAAUUUAAUGAUAUAGCUGAGAAUUCAGCUUUGGACCUAUAUCCUUCGCACUUGCAAACUCAGAUUGAUGAAACCAAUGAAUGGAUAUACAAUGGUAUAAAUAAUGGUGUUUAUAAAUGUGGGUUUGCAAGGAAGCAAGGGCCUUAUGAGGAGGCUGUUAAACUAUUGUAUGAAGCACUUGAUAAAUGUGACAGAAUACUUGGAAAGCAACGCUAUAUAUGUGGAAACACUCUGUCCGAAGCAGAUAUUCGGUUGUUUGUUUCCCUCAUAAGAUUUGAUGAGGUUUACGCAGUUCACUUCAAGUGCAACAAAAAGCUGCUAAGAGAGUACCCAAACCUGUUCAACUAUGCCAAAGACAUUUACCAAAUUCCUGGUAUGAGUAGCACUGUAAACAUGGAACAUAUUAAGCGUCAUUAUUAUGGAAGCCAUCCUUCUAUAAAUCCAUUUGGAACCAUUCCUCUUGGUCCAAAUAUCGACUUUUCUUCACCUCAUGACAGAGAGAGGUUUUACUAGAUUAUGUGUGUCUGUGCACAUUCAUCUGAAGUAUGAAUGCUGGUUUCUUGGAAGACAGUGGAUUGUGUAUUGAUAUUAAGUCAUCGCAGAUACUGUGCUCUUAGCAUUGCCUGUAUGAGAUGCGUUGUUUCUCCUGACAUCAACUUUGAUAGGGUUUUUUUUUUUUUAAUUUUUUAUUUUUUUUUAUUUUUUAAAAUUUAUUGGAGUUUUUUUUUUUGAAAAAAAAUAUUUCCUCU